CGCAAGGGGACUUUUCUCUUACUACAUGUCAUUUCCUUGUUUUUGACGGAAGGAGAUGAUAAGAAGAGAUGGAGGGACUGGUGGUGAACAAGACCCCGCUAAAACAGAUUGAUAAUGGCCGCUGCUAUGCCAAAUUGACUUCAAACCUUCUUGCCUUCACUCUUCUUCUUGUCACUGCUGAGGAAGGAGAAGAAGAAUGUCAUUGCCAUGGUGGAUCUCCGCCACCGCCGUUCCUUUUCCAUCUCAGACACAGCUAAUUUCUCAUCCUUGCCACCACCAACAUCACAUUCGUCUCAGAAAAUUAAGCUCUUCUCCUUCAACUUCCACCGCUCCGAGAGCUGUAUUGCUUGACGAAAUCGUUCAACUUACCCACAAUAAGGUUUUAAUUGCCGCCGGUGUGUCCGCUGCAAUUGGGCAACUCGCCAAGCCUUUCACGUCUGUUGUUUUCUAUGGCAGAGAGUUUAACAUCAGAACAGCCUUUGAGGCUGGAGGUUUCCCUUCAACCCAUUCCUCUGCGGUGGUUGCUGCUGCUACAAUCCUUGGUGCUGAGAGGGGUCUUGCCGAUUCCAUUUUUGGCAUAACUGUAGUUUACGCGUCCCUUAUUAUGUAUGAUGCUCAGGGUGUCAGGAGAGAAGUUGGAAAACAUGCUAAAGCCCUCAACAAGCUGUCACAAACAGAGAGGCCAAUGAACUCAUCAUCUCCCUACAAAGAUCAAGACCUUCGAGUUGAUUCCCAAUUUGAAAAGAGAAUAUCGUUGUCGCUCAAUAGAAAUCUCGAGAUUGGCAAUCCCAUAUUAUCCGAGGAAUCAACCAAAGCCCUAACAGUACCGAGUCCAGUAAAGCAGGAUGUCACAUCCUCAAGCGUAGCAAAUGAUUUGGAAGAAGGAUCGAUAAAGGAAGCUAGUAGUAGUUGGAAGCCAUUUAAAGAGUCAAUAGGGCAUACUGAGAUUGAAGUUGCAGCUGGUGCUUUGUUGGGCUUCACGGUUAGUCUUAUUACCAAUUCAUUCUUGUGAUAACAAAAACAAUGAUUUAUAUACAAAAUUAUCUCACAAAUGAACUGUCUGUACAGUUGCAUCUUCUUUGUCAAAGCUAAACUCGAACAAGAGAACUAAAUGAUAAUGAGAUAAAAGAAAUUACAUGGUAGGAAUUUGAAUAGAGGACUUGUAUGAUAAUUAUAUGUUAAA